AUGGCCCAGCCACUGGCCGAUGCGGUCUUGGUUGCUGACCCAGAACCAGUGGCCCACGCGCGACGACGAUUCUCUGGCAACAGUCAACACAACAAAGCACCGUUUGGUGCCGUCGGCGCCAAUGCAGCAGAUCCUACUUCCACACUCGAUCCCGAUACAUGUCGGAUAUGUAGGGGAGAAGCCACAGCAGAUGAGCCUCUUUUCUACCCAUGCAAGUGCAGCGGCAGCAUCAAAUAUGUUCACCAGGACUGUCUGAUGGAGUGGCUGUCGCACUCCCAAAAAAAGCAUUGCGAACUCUGUAAAACUCCGUUUCGCUUCACAAAGCUCUACGACCGGAAAAUGCCGAAGAAACUGCCUUUUGUUGUCUUCAUCACACACAUAGCCAAGUACAUGCUCAACAACGUACUGGUGUGGCUUCGUGCGGGGCUCGUCAUCAGCAUCUGGCUCAUCUGGCUGCCGUAUCUUAUGAGGUCAAUAUGGUCCUUGAUGUUCUGGAUCAGCGACGAGGGCUUCGGAAGUAACCAUGGUCGGGAUAUUACGCCGUCGGUGGUCUUGUCGGACAGGGUCUGUCCCGCAUCAUCCAUCUUGAGCGUUGGAAUGUGUCCGGCCAGUCCUCUAACCGCAUCAAUGAUGCCAGAGGGCGGAGGUGACUACUCUACGAGCUCGGUCGGUGUGGCCAAUCUCACCACUGUCAAUCCUGUCUACUCGGCCUUUUUCCACCUUGUAUUCAUGACGGUGGGCCUCUCGGAGAAGAUGAUCAUCAGCACUCUGGCAGAUCUCUCGUCUGUGGAUACAACCAAAUCCGGGCUAUCCCAUGGGCAGCAGUCGCUGCUCAGCAAUGUCAAGUGGUUAGCCAAUCUGACUUCCCGGCCAUUCAUCAACAAAAACGUCAUACACGUUCUAGAGGGCCAGGUCAUUACGGUGUUGGUCAUACUCAGCUUUAUCCUCAUAAUUCUCGUCCGGGAUUACGUUGUGCUGCAACAGCCUGAGAUUAAUAUGCGCGCCGCAUUUGCCGCCGCUGAGAACCAACAGCCCCCCGUCGGUAUAGCGCAAGCUGGACCUCCACCCGCACCGGUAUUGCCUCAGCAUCAUCUCGAAAACCCGGCUGCUGGCCUACACGCAGAAGACAUUGAUCAACUUGCAGGUCCGGAAGCCGACGAAAUCAACGACGCCGAAACUGAACCAUGGACAGGCACACCAUAUGACUUUGGUGAGACUGGCGAACGGCCUGCCGCUGAACCUUUUGGCAGCCCGUCAAAUCAGUUUCCAGGUGGCCCUAUUCGACCAUCCACCCCCCUUCUUCAACGCCUUGACCCGAGUCUAUCCGACGGGGACGCCGACGUAGAUUCUUCCGUACUAGCUGCCUUUGGUUCUGAGGGAUCGCGAACUCCGCUCACUUCCCAGGAGCGAGCAGAUCUUGCGCUUGGUGGUGCAACCACUUCGGACUCUGAGCCUUACGUUGUGGAGCCCUUGUCAGUCAAGGAGUAUACGAAAGUGUUCCAUGAGGCUCAAGGGGAUGUUGAGCGCAUGAGAGAGAUUUUCCGUGGUCGAGGAUUGGAGGAGAGAGCCGAAUCAUGGUUGAGACUCGGUCAAAUUCGUCUCUCAGAUCAGAGGGCAGUGCCAGGCCCAUCAUCAAAUGACACGAGUUCUGAGGGGUCUCAGAAACAAGCGGACACUGCAGAGAAUGCCAGGGCUGCAUCUCCGGUUGAUUCGCUGAUGUCAGACUGGACGAUGCCCAAUACGUCGCAAGAAGGAGGCUCAACCUUGGCGGAGAAAGGCAAGCAAAAAGCUGUAGACGAGGCAACGCGUGCCCCAGCGAAUCAAUCUACACCAGUUGAGUCUAACUCGGCGUCGUCACAAGGGAUCGACAGGACCUGGGUCGAUGAUCCCUUUAUGAAUAACCACCCUAUGAGACCACGAGCCAAUACGGAUGGUCAGUAUCGUUCUGAAGGUGUCAACCCGCUCGCCAACAACAGCUGGGUCUUUCCGCAGACCUUGCCAGACCCUCCUCAGGCAUCGGAAGAGCCACGCUCGGGAACAGAUGAGUUAGUUGCUGGCCCAUCAGCAGCGGAUGAUACGUCGACACCAAACGUCCAAGCUCAAGAGCCGCUCAGGUGGCAGCCUGAAAACCGGCAAGCGGAGCAUGUUGCGCAAGGUCGUGAAUGGAACGACCUGCAAGACUUUAACGAAAUACCGCCAACACGCGCGGCUGAACCUGUUCCACCUCCACAGCCGGCUGGGAUCGUGGACAGCAUUGCGAAUUUUAUGUGGCAUGGCGUGGAUGCAACUGACAUUGCUGAACAACCUGACCUGCGUCAUGUACACGAUAGGGAUGGCCAGGUGCACCCGCCAGACCUGGACCAACCUCAAGGAGACGACAGCGACCUUGAUCUGGAUGACGACGAGGACAGUGACAGCGAAGACGAAGAUGACGAGGACGUCGGUGAGGCCGUGGGACAGAAUCCACUCUUUGCCAUGGCUCAACAACAGGCCGAUGCAGCAGCCGAUGCUGCGGCCAUUGACCCCGAAGCCAUCGACGACGCCGAGGACUUUGAGGGCGUCAUGGAACUUCUUGGCAUGCGCGGACCUAUUGGUGGCCUCUUCCAAAACGCUGUAUUCUGUGCCUUUUUGGUAUCGGUAUCCGUUUUUGUGGGCAUUUUUCUGCCGUACAACCUGGGCCGCAUCUGCGUCUGGAUCUUGGCAAACCCGAUGCGCCCUCUCAACAUUCUUUUAAGCACCGUGAAGUUUGUGCAGGACUUCGCCAUGGCCGUUGCAGGCCUCUUGAGCUGGGCAGGCCUGCGUAUCGCCUACACCAUUCUCUCGGGUCUCGAGAUGCUUGUACCGGCAAUGAAGAGAAUGGGCCUGUCGCGAGAAUACGUCAUGCCUGUCGUACGCACAACAUACUAUCUGGCUAGAGAUUCGGCUCUUAGAGUUUCAUCGAGCUUUGCAGUUGACACAUCUUUGAUCACCACGAGCGAGAUCCGCAAUUUCUCCGCCAUCAGUCACGAGGCUCUGAUCUCAUUGAAGACCAACAUGGCUUGGUUGGCAAUGUCAAUUGUCAACGUCGCAAUGUUUGUCUUUGGUGGUGAUUAUACGACCAAGGCAGCUACAAGUGUUUCAUUCAUGGGCAACAUGACUGACGCCACUGUUGAGAUUCUCAAAGGGGUGCCAGCUGUGCUCACAAACCCGAGCUCUUGGGUCAUCAACAUCAACCCUGCGGGGCCGUCGCAGCCUGUCAGCCCUGCUUUGGCUCACUGGAGCGGAACCGACAGGCUCUGGGCUACGUUGGUCGGUUACUUGGUCGUCUGCCUCGUUGCAGCGAUCUAUUUGCACCAUGGUAGACCCCUGAGCUCCAGCCAGGCUGGCCAAGAGCGCGAGGCCUCGCUCAUUGACGCACUGAACCAGGGCAGUGGUGUGAUGAAGGUGAUACUGAUCAUCGGGAUCGAGAUGCUCAUAUUCCCUCUCUACUGUGGCUUACUCCUGGAUGCGGCGCUUCUUCCACUUUUUGAGAACACCACUCUAAAGUCAAGACUGCUCUUCACCUACAACUUCCCUCUCACUUCCCUCUUUGUGCACUGGUUCGUUGGCACGGGGUACAUGUUUCACUUUGCCCUGUUCGUUUCCAUGUGCCGCAAGAUCAUGCGCAAAGGUGUAUUGUAUUUUAUCCGGGACCCUGACGAUGCCGAAUUUCACCCUGUUAGAGACGUACUCGAGCGAAACGUCACAACACAACUUCGCAAAAUUCUUUUCUCCGCCUUCGUGUAUGGCGCUCUGGUCAUAGUGUGUUUGGGAGGUGUGGUUUGGGGACUGUGGGCCUUCCUGCCCAACGUGCUCCCCAUUCACUACUCGUCGAACGAGCCGGUGCUUGAGUUCCCGAUCGACCUGCUCUUUUACAACUUCCUCAUGCCCCUCGCACUCAAUUUUUUCAAGCCGAGCGACGGUCUGCAUGAAAUGUACACAUGGUGGUUCCGAAAGUGCGCCAGAGCGUUGCGCAUCACGUGGUUUCUGUUUGGAGAACGCAAGGUGGACGAAGAAGGCAUCUUGUUGCUUGCGCCCGACUCGGAGCACCGCCGUCUUCCCCUCUGGCGCAGGCUUUUCUUGGAGGUAGACGAGACAGGCCAAGUCGUGCCUAGGAGAUGGAAGGGGCUUUUCGACGAGGGCAAAAGCAAGCCCGGCCCAGAGAUCACAAAGGAGGAGAUGAGGGCCUUCAACAAACAGAGAGCAGCACUUAUCGAGUCCAAGCAGCUCAUCCCAGAUGGGCGGUUCGUGCUCACUCCGGCGUCUGAUCAGGUCAAGAUCCCCAAAGGCAAGCAGGUCUUUUGGGAAGUGUCAGAAAACGAGGUUGGGACCGACACACCAUCAGACGAGGCUGCGACCGGCCCUCCAGAUCUGUACACGUCGAAACAGUAUCAGCUGGUGUACGUUCCGCCACAUUUCCGGGCUCGUGUCUUCCUGUUCAUCCUGUCGAUCUGGGUGUUUGCGGCCGUCACAGGCGUCAGCUUCACCAUCAUUCCGCUCAUAUUCGGUCGGCAUGUGUUCAAGAUGCUCAUCCCUUCGUACAUUCGCACAAACGACAUCUACGCGUUCAGCAUUGGCGUUUAUAUCCUUGGGACUUUGGCGUAUGGGAUUUUGCACUACGAAAGCCUCUGUUCCAAGGUCAGAAAACGGACAAGGGCCUUGGCUGCUGCUGCGGCCGAAAGCUCGGUGACCAAGAAGGCGAUGGGCCUCAUUGCGCACGGCCUUCGGCUGAUGUAUACAUACACAAUCGUGCUGAUUGUCUUCCCGCUCCUUGUUGCUUCGCUCAUGGAGCUCUACUGUCUCAUCCCCUUGGAUACGUACAUGUAUCUCGCCGUCUAUUCAGGGACAGCCGCCGGCGAUCCGUCGGCCAACAAAAACCUCGAGCAUGCCGUCACUGCUGACUCCUCGGAUGACCGGCACACGGUCCGUGUGGUCCAGGCGUGGACCAUUGGCUUGCUGUACCUAAAGUUGGGAGCGCGAAUCAUCAGGGUGUGGCGGCCUGAUUCGCGGCCUGCCCUCGCCGUGCGAGCAGUGUUCCGCAGGGGCUGGCUCCACCCCAACGUUGGAGUUCUCACGCGAGCUUUCGUGAUUCCUGGGCUGUUAUUUUCGGGCGUGGCAAUCAUGGGGCCGCCUGCGGCCGCGAAUGCGUUUAUGGCAUACACAGGCGUUGGGAUUGAGGAUGCGCGCAUGGCCAUUGUGGUCAACCGGCUGAGUUUCCCAACUGCCGCGCUGAUGGCGUUGAUGGGGAGCGUGGCGUGGGCUACGAUGGAUGUUUUCAUGUCAUGGAGGGUGAGGAUUCGAGAUGAGGCGUACUUGAUUGGAGAAAGGCUGCAUAACUUUGGUUCUGGCGCGCCGCAACACAACCAUCACUCGGCUACUCAGAGUGGCAGUGUUGGGGGUGGAGCGGGAAGGGUAGCCUGGCGCGAGGGGAGAUAG